AUGCAAGGCUUACAUCAGCAUCAGCAGCAGCAGCAGCAUCAGCUAGCGGCACUUCUCUCCGCCGCACUUCCCAAGGACGAUUCCAGCACCGCCGCUUCCGACGGUGACACUUCUCCUCCUCGCCUCGCCGCCAUCAAUUCCCUCCACCGCGCCAUCCUUCACCCACACAACUCCCUCCUCGUCACUCACUCCGCCGCUUUCCUCGCCCAAGGCUUCUCUCAACUCCUCUCUGACAAGUCUUACGAGGUGCGGCAAGCAGCGGUUGUAGCGUAUGGUGCUCUUUGUGGUUUAAUCUCUUCAAUCCCUGUAACCUCGAACGCGAGACAGAACCAUGUUAUGCUUGGAAGCUUGGUUGACCGUUUCAUUGGUUGGGCUUUACCGUUGUUGAGCAAUGUCACUGGUGCUGUUGAUGGGAAUAAGGAAUUGGCUCUGGAUGGUUUGCGUGAGUUUCUCAAUGUUGGUGGAAAUGAUAGGUAUGCUUUGCCUAUCCUCAAAGCGUGUCAGGUCUUGCUUGAGGAUGAGAGAACCUCCCUGAGUUUGUUACAUAGGCUUCUGGGUGUUAUUACUUUGAUAUCAUUGAAGUUUUUGAGGUGUUUUCAGCCUCAUUUCCCUGAUAUUGUUGACCUCCUUCUUGGUUGGGCUUUGGUGCCUGACCUUGCCAUAUCAGAUAGGCGUGUUAUUAUGGACAGCUUCUUGCAGUUUCAGAAGCACUGGGUUGGUAGUCUCCCCAUGUCCUUGAGGUUGCUCACUAAGUUCUUGGGGGAUAUGGAGGCCUUGCUUCAGGAUGGAAGUCCCGGAACCCCGCCGCAGUUUCGGAGGCUUCUUGCUUUGCUUUCUUGUUUUUCAACAAUUCUACAGUCCACUGCUUCUGGUUUGCUGGAAAUUAACCUGCUUGAACAAAUAAGCAAUCCUCUUAGCGUGUUGCUGCCUCGCUUGCUGAGGUGCUUGUCUAUGAUUGGGCAGAAAUUUGGAUGGCCUGAAUGGAUAGAAGAUUCUUGGAAGUGUUUAACUCUUUUGGCAGAAAUAUUGCGUGAGCAGUUUUCGAAUUUUUAUCCUCUUGCUAUUGAUAUCUUAUUUCAAAGCUUGGAAUUUGGGGCAACUGCUCAACGGGAAGGAUUUAGGAGGAUUACCUCUUUACAAGUUCAUGGGGUUUUGAAAACUAAUCUCCAAUUAUUAUCGUUGCAGAAGAUUGGCCUCCUCCCAUCAUCUGUGCGUAAGUUAUUGCAGUUCGAUACAUCAAUUUCUCUGCUGCGAUUGCAUCCGAAUCACUUGGUAACGGGAAGUUCUGCAGCUACUUAUGUUUUCUUGCUUCAGCAUGGGAAUCAAGAAGUUGUCAAUGAAGCAAUCACCUUAUUGAUUGAAGAAUUGGAGCUGUUGACGAGUGUGAUAGGAAAAAACACCAGUCAGUCGGAUCAGUUCAAUUGUGUCAUAGGUUCUAAAACAUUUUCAAAACUUGAAUUAUUCGCGUUAAUCAAGUUUGAUUUGAAAGUUCUAUUAGCAUGCAUUUCCUUGGGUGGGGAUAACAGUUUGAUUGGCCAAACAGAAAUUGCUACGAUGUAUCUUAGGAGGUCAGAAAAGUUGGUGUCCUUUGUCACAGAAAAGAUGAAUCCUUUUAAAUUACCUAUUCAGGCCUUCAUGGAAUUGCAGUUUGCUGUUGUCAAGACAUUGGAGAGGUUAAAUUCAGUUGAGUUCUUAAUUAAGUGUUCUGUAAGAGAACAGAAUUGUGACAAAGCUUUUGUGGAGUUUCCAAUUAAAAAGGAGGAUGGUGAUGAUCAAUUCAGUGAUGGAUUUUCAGCGGUGAUUACUGAGCAUCUAGAAAACUAUAGCAAGCUCCUUAUAAAAGCCCUUCAUGUUUCUUCUCCUUUGGCAAUUAAGUUAGCAGCUCUAGAUUGGGGACAAAAGUUCUGUGAGAAUGUUAUGGCUGUUAAUAAGAUAUCAAGCAAAAAAGGUCUCUCCUAUGAAACAUGCAGACAUGCUGGUGUAAUCAUGAACUUAGUUUUCUCACUUUUAGGUGGUGCAUUUGAGAGGGAACCAGAAGUGAGAUCACAUGUUGCAACAACUUUGGAGAUGUUUAUGCAAGCAAAGCUUUUACAUCCUGUAUGUUUUUAUCCCUUAGCUGAAGUGGUACUGGAGAAACUUGGGGAUCCAGCUAUAGAGAUACAGGAUGUAUAUGUGAGACUACUUGCUCAUAUUUUGCCUACUACUGUAUAUACAUGUGGUCUCUAUGAUUGUGGGAGAUUUAGGCCUGUUGACCUUGGGUUAGGCAACAGUUCUAAGAUGCACUGGAAACAAUUAUUUGCCCUAAAGCAACUGCCUUUGCAACUGCAGUCACAACAUCUUGUGUCGAUCUUAAGUUACAUUUCACAAAGAUGGAAGGUACCUCUUUCUUGUUGGAUUCAGCGGCUCAUUCAUAGUUGCCAGAGUUCAAAGGAUGCUAUUUUAAGUCAGCCUGAAGAAAAUGGAAAUUUUGGUGCUAAUUCUCUAUGGUUGGAUAUGCAAGUGAAUGAAGACAUACUUGAAAGAAUCUGUUCUGUCAAUAAUUUAGCCGGUGCUUGGUGGGCUGUACAAGAAGCAGCUCGGUAUUGUAUUGCUACACGUCUUCGGACUAACCUUGGUGGGCCUACCCAAACAUUUGCUGCUCUAGAGCGCAUGCUCUUGGACAUUGCACACCUUUUGCAACUUGAUAAUGAGCAAAACGAUGGGAACUUAAGUAUGAUAGGAUCCUCUGGUGCUCACUUGUUACCAAUGAGAUUACUGUUGGAUUUUGUUGAGGCUCUAAAGAAAAAUGUGUAUAAUGCAUAUGAGGGGUCCGCUAUUUUACCACCUGUUACCCGUCAGAGUUCUUUAUUCUUUCGAGCAAACAAAAAAGUAUGUGAGGAUUGGUUUUCUCGUAUAUGUGAACCAAUGAUGAAUGCUGGAUUGGCUCUACAUUGCAAUGAUGCUGUUAUUCAAUACUGUACACUGCGCUUACAGGAGCUCAAGAAUCUUUCUGUGUCAUCUUUGAAGGAAAAAUCUAGGGCUCAGGUAACUGAUAACCUCCACAAUAUCAGAGGAAGGUAUAGAGGAGAUGUCUUAAAAGUUUUAAGACAUAUUUCACUAGCUCUUUGCAAGAGUUCUGAACCAGAUUCUUUAAUUGGCCUACAAAGAUGGGUUUCGAUUACGUUCUCCUCCUUACUUGGGGAAGAAAACCAGUCCUUCAAUGAGUGGGGAACUGUUAGACCCCUUUCAUGGAUAAGUGGGCUUGUAUAUCAGGCUAGAGGCGAGUAUGAGAAUGCUGCAGCUCACUUUACUCACUUGCUACAAACUGAAGAGUCACUCAGUUCCCUGGGUUCUGAUGGUAUACAGUUUGUUAUAGCACGUGUAAUUGAGAGUUAUGCAGCUGUAUCUGAUUGGAAAUCUCUUGAAACCUGGUUAUUAGAGCUGCAACUGCUUCGCGCUAAGCAUGCUGGUAGAAGUUAUUCUGGUGCUCUGACAAUGGCAGGCAAUGAAAUUAAUGCAAUCCAUGCAUUAGCACAUUUUGAUGAGGGUGAUUAUCAGGCUGCAUGGUCAUGCCUUGAUUUGACGCCUAAAAGUAAUAGCGAGCUUACCCUUGAUCCAAAAAUAGCCUUGCAACGGAGUGAGCAGAUGCUUCUGCAAUCAUUGCUUUUCCAGAAAGAGGGAAAAAGUGAUAAGGUGCUGCAUGAUUUGCAGAAAGCGAGGUCAAUGUUGGAAGAAUCACUUUCUGUUCUUCCACUUGAUGGGUUAGCUGAAGCAACACCUCUUGCUAUUCAGUUGCACAGCAUUUUCCUUGUAGAAGAGGAUUACAAGCUUAAAUCAUACCAUGAGAAGGCCAAACAACUUCAGUCAAUAUUCAAUUUUCUUCAGCCAGUGCCAUCUAUUAGUAAAAUUCGUCAAGAUUGUAAUCCAUGGCUGAAAGUCCUUCGGGUUUAUCAAACCAUUUCCCCAACUUCUCCAAUCACUCUGAAAUUCUGCAUGAAUUUGCAUAAUUUAUCCCGUAAGCAAAGUAAUCUACUGUUGGCAAAUCGUCUGAACAACUAUCUCAAAGAUCAUGUGUCUGCUUGCCCUGAGGAGGAGCAUCGCAAUCUUCUUGUCUUAAAUUUGCAGUAUGAGAGCAUUUUACUGCAAUAUGCUGAAAACAAGUUUGAAGAUGCUUUCACAAACCUUUGGUCAUUUUUACGUCCUUGCAUGGUGUCUUCAACAUCUAUAAUAUCUGAUGCUGAAGAGAGAAUUCUGAAGGCCAAAGCAUGCUUGAAACUUGCAGAUUGGCUGAGGCGGGAUUAUUCAGAUUGGAGUCCAGAGAGUAUAGUUCUUAAGAUGCCAGCAGAUUUUGAUAUGGCUGAAUCAGCGCCACUUGGCAAAGACGGCAAUGAAGAAAAUUUAAACUGUAAACAAAAUUUUGGUUCUAUUACUGAGGAAAUUGUUGGUACAGCAACGAAAUUGUCUUCUCGUCUUUGCCCCACCAUGGGCAAGUCAUGGACUUCUUAUGCUUCUUGGUGCUUUAAGCAAGCCAGAGACUCACUCCUUGUUCAAAGUGAAACUACCCUCCAAUCAUGCUUAUUUUCUCCCAUACUUGUUCCAGAAAUUUCACCUGAAAGAUUCAAGUUGACUAAGGAUGAGGUGCAAAGAAUGAAGUCGUUGGUUUUGUGUCUUUUUCAGGACAAUAUUGAUAUGAAAGGUUUCAUAGAUGAACAGGAAGAUGGAAGUUCUUGGCUUGAUUCUGCAGAGCACUCAAGUAAUGGCAAUCCUCUGCAGACAUUGGUUUGGCAUUUAGUGAAUAUUAUUGAAACUGCUGCAGGGGCACCUGGUGCUGAAAACUCUGGUGGUGAAUGUCUUUCAGUCAUGGUAUCUUCUCAAUUGAGGAUUUGUUUGUUGCAUACAAAUUUUGGGCUUGGAGAAUCUGACAUAUUAUCUGCAUUGGAUGAUUUUGUUGAUAUUUGGUGGUCUUUGCGGAAGAGAAGAGUGUCCCUGUUUGGACAUGCAGCUCAUGUCAGAUGCCUGAUUCUGAUUAUGAGGCUUUGAAGCAAAAAAAGCAGUUACACCCUGAGGGCUACAUUGUAUAUAUUGCAUAUACUUCUCAAUUAUGGUGUGGAGUUGAAAGAUACUCUUGAAUCUGCUCUUUUGGCUGUUCCUUUGUUGCCAUGGCAGGAAGUUACGCCUCAACUGUUUGCACGUAUUAGUGCUCAUCCUGAACAAGUGAUUCGGAAGCAGUUGGAGGGAUUACUGAUCAUGCUGGCCAAGCAGUCUCCCUGUUCUAUAGUGUACCCAACACUAGUUGAUGUUAAUGCUUAUGAAGAGAGGCCCUCAGAAGAGCUUCAUCAUGUGCUGGCUUGUCUGAGGGAACUUUACCCUCGAUUGGUUCAGGAUGUUCAGCUAAUGAUAAAUGAACUGGGAAAUGUUACUGUUCUCUGGGAGGAAUUGUGGCUCAGUACUCUUCAGGAACUUCAUACAGAUGUGAUGAGGCGAAUAAAUAUGCUGAAAGAGGAGGCUGCAAGAAUUUCAGAAAAUGUUACUCUUAGUCAGAAUGAGAAGAACAAGAUAAAUUCUGCUCGUUAUUCUGCAAUGAUGGCUCCAAUAGUUGUGGCUCUGGAACGUCGUUUAGCUUCAACUUCUCGAAAACCUGAGACUCCUCAUGAAGCUUGGUUCCAGGAAGAGUAUAAAGAACAACUGAAGUCAGCUAUUGUAUCCUUUAAGACUACUCCAGCUUCGUCGGCAGCUCUAGGAGAUGUAUGGCGAGCUUUUGAUAGUAUUGCUGCAUCCUUGGCUUCUUACCAGAGGAAGUCUUCAAUUUCCUUACAAGAAGUUGCACCACAUUUGGCUCUGUUAUCAUCUUCAGAUGUUCCAAUGCCAGGUCUUGAGAAACAAAUAAAAGUACCUGACUCUGACAAAGCAACUGAUCUCCAAGGGGUUGUCACAAUUUCUUCUUUCCAUGAGCAACUCACUAUCUUAUCAACAAAGACUAAGCCUAAGAAACUUGGUAUACUUGGUUCGGAUGGUCAGAAGUACACUUAUCUCCUUAAAGGACGAGAAGAUUUGCGCCUUGAUGCUAGAAUUAUGCAAUUACUGCAGGCGAUAAAUGGUUUUCUACAUUCUUCUUCUUCUACUUGUAGCAACUCUCUUGGCAUUCGCCAUUAUUCGGUGACUCCAAUCAGUGGUCGGGCUGGUCUAAUCCAGUGGGUGGAUAAUGUAAUAAGCAUUUACAGUGUAUUUAAAUCUUGGCAAACCCGUGUCCAGCUAGCACAGUUUUUGGCAUUAGGCACUGCAAAUACAAAAGCCACAGCUCCUCCACCUGUUCCCCGUCCCAGUGAUAUGUUUUAUGGGAAGAUCAUACCUGCACUUAAGGAGAAAGGCAUUAAGAGAGUGAUUUCUCGAAGGGAUUGGCCUCACGAAGUCAAAUGUAAAGUUCUUCUUGAUCUCAUGAAGGAAGUGCCUAGACAUCUUCUUUACCAAGAACUAUGGUGUGCUAGUGAAGGGUAUAAAGCCUUCAGCUCAAAAAUGAAAAGGUAUUCUGGAAGUGUUGCUGCAAUGAGUAUGGUUGGUCAUGUUCUGGGACUGGGUGACAGACAUUUAGACAACAUUCUUAUAGAUUUUUGUAGUGGGGAUAUUGUACAUAUUGAUUACAAUGUGUGCUUUGAUAAAGGACAAAGAUUAAAAAUUCCAGAGAUUGUUCCUUUCCGUCUUACCCAAAUGGUUGAAACUGCUUUAGGACUGACUGGAACAGAGGGUAGCUUCAGAACAAACUGUGAGACAGUUAUGGGCGUCCUAAGGAAGAAUAAAGACAUACUUUUAAUGUUAUUAGAAGUUUUUGUUUGGGAUCCACUUGUGGAGUGGACACGGGGUGAUUUUCAUGAUGAAGCUGCUAUUGGUGGUGAAGAAAGAAAAGGCAUGGAGUUGGCUGUUAGCUUGAGUCUAUUUGCAUCUCGAGUGCUGGAAAUUCGUGUUCCCUUACAGGAACACCAUGAUCAAUUAUUGACUAGCCUGCCAGCUGUCGAAUCCGCACUUGAGAGAUUUGCUGAUGUUCUAAUCCAGUAUGAGCUUGCCUCUUCUCUAUACUGUCAAGCUGACCAAGAGAGGUCUAGCCUUAUAUUGCAUGAGACAUCUGCAAAGUCGCUUGUUGCUGAAGCAACCUCUAAUUCAGAGAAAAUUCGAGCUUCAUUUGAAAUUCAGGCUCGGGAAUUUGCCCAAGCAAAGGAUAUGGUUGCUGAGAAAGCUCAGGAGGCAAUGGGUUGGGCUGAGCAACAUGGAAGGAUUCUUGAUGCUCUACGAUGCAACUUGAUCCCAGAAAUAAAUGCUUCUUUUAAGUUGAGUAACAUGGAAGUCACCUUAUCUCUUACAUCUGCGGUUAUUGUAGCCGGUGUUCCACUAACUGUUGUUCCUGAGCCAACACAAGCACAAUGCCAUGAUAUAGAUAGGGAAGUUUCUCAAUUCAUAGCUGAGUUGGGUGAUGGACUAACUUCUGCUGUAACUUCUCUGCAAGCAUACUCAUUGGCUCUGCAAAGAAUCCUACCAUUAAAUUACCUUUCAACUAGCGCAGUCCAUAGCUGGGCACAAGUUCUGCAACUAUCUAUCAAUGCCCUGUCAUCUGAUAUACUCUCUCUUGCCAGAAGGCAGGCUUCUGAACUUUUUGCAAGAUUUCAUGUAGAUAGCAUUGAUUCUAUCAAAUGCAGUCAUGAUGAUCUUUGUUUUAGGGUGGAGAAGUAUGCAAUAGAAAUAGACAAAUUAGAGAAAGAGUGUGCUGAAUUAGAGAGUUCUAUUGGCUCAGAGUCAGAAUCAAAAACUAAGGAUCGCCUAUUGUCAGCUUUCAUGAAAUUCAUGCAGUCCACUGGUCCUUUGAGAAAGGAUGAUGGAUUUUCUUCUGUUCCAUCUAGAUAUGAUGGGACAAACAAUACUAGACUAUCGGGUGAGCUAGAAGAGGAGAGAGAGAAGGCACUAUCAAUUCUGAAUAUAGCUGUAAGUUCACUUUAUAACGAGGUUAAGCAUAGAAUACUUAAUAUAUAUAGUGAUUUGUCAGGAGGAAGAAAUCAAUACAAUGUGUUGCAGAAUGAUUCUGGAACUAUUUUUGCUGAGUUUGAAGAACUCGUGGAAAAAUGUAAUCUUGUGACAGAGUUUGUUAAUGAUCUGUGGCAAUUUAUUGGAGAGGACAUCCCUUUUCUUGAUAUUAACAAAGUUCAUUCAAAGUUUUCUUCUGAAAGUAAUUGGGUUUCCAUUUUCAAAACCAUUUUGAUAUCCUGUAAGGGAUUGGUUAGUCAAAUGACUGAAGUUGUUCUUCCAGAUGUAAUACGAUCCGCUGUUUCUUUAAAUUCAGAAGUUAUGGAUGCAUUUGGGUUGAUAUCACAAGUUCGAGGGUCUAUAGAAACUGCAAUGGAGCAGCUUGUGGAGGUUGAAAUGGAGAGAGCAUCACUGGCUGAACUUGAGCAGAAUUAUUUUGUUAAGGUUGGUCUUAUUACUGAGCAGCAGCUGGCUCUUGAAGAAGCUGCAGUAAAGGGCAGAGAUCAUCUUUCGUGGGAAGAGGCAGAGGAACUUGCAUCCCAAGAGGAAGUUUGUAGAGCACAACUGGACCAACUCCAUCAAACUUGGAGUCAGAGGGAUGUUAGGACUUCUUCUCUUAUAAAGAGAGAAGCUGAUAUUAAAAAUGCCCUGGUUUCUGUGAAUUGUCAAUUUCAAUCUCUAGUUGGUGUGGAAGAAGAAAGGGAGCUACAUAUUUUGAGAAGCAAAGCACUACUGGCUGCACUUGUUAAGCCUUUCUUGGAAUUGGAAUCCAGUGAUAUUAUGCUGUCUUCAGCUGAUGGUUCUGUUGCAAUGCCUUCGAGUAAAUUUCAUACUCUGGCAGAUUUAAUAAAUUCUUGGAAUUCUAUAUCUGAGUAUGUCUGGAAAGUUGGAGGUUUAUUGGAUGAUCAUUCAUUCUUUAUUUGGAAAAUAGGUGUUAUAGAUUCUUUUCUUGACACAUGCAUUCAUGAUAUAACUUCAUCAGUUGAGCAAAAUCUAGGCUUUGACCAGUCACUCAAUUUUAUGAAGAAAAAGCUUGAAAUCCAACUUCAGAAACACGUUGGUCUCUAUUUGAAAGAAAGAGUUGCUCCUAGUUUAUUGGCUUGUUUAGAUAAAGAAAAUGAGCACUUGAAGCAAUUAACAGUCUCAUCAAAGGAACUUGCUUUAGAUCAGGUGAAAAAUGAUGGGUCUGUGAGAAAGGUUUUACUUAUGCUUGAAGAAUAUUGUAAUGUACAUGAAACAGCUAGAGCAGCAAAGUCAGCAGCUUCUCUCAUGAAAAGACAAGUGAACGAAUUGAAAGAAGCUCUUCGGAAAACUACCCUUGAGGUAGUUCAAAUGGAAUGGAUGCAUGAUGUUAGUUUGAACCCAUCAUAUAACAGAAGAAUCAGAUUUGAGAAGUAUCUUGAUACUGAUGAUAGCUUGUAUGCAAUCAUUUUGAACCUCAGCAGAUCUAAAUUAUUGGAAAAUAUACAAUCCGCUGUGUCAAAAAUCACAACAUCAAUGGAUUGUCUUCAGUCUUGUGAACAAACUUCUCUAAUAGCUGAAGGACAGCUUGAGAGAGCAAUGAGUUGGGCUUGUGGGGGUCCAAAUUCCAGUAGUUCUGGAAAUACUUCAACUAAAAAUUCAGGAAUUCCUCCCGAGUUCCAUGAACAUAUUAAGACUCGCAGGCAGAUUUUAUGGGAAUCUAGAGAAAAGGCGUCUGACAUUGUGAAGUUAUGUAUGUCAUUAUUAGAGUUUGAAGCAUCAAGAGAUGGGUAUUUGCUUAUACCAGGCCAACCAUAUCCCUUCAGGAGUAGUGCUGAUGGCAAGACUUGGCAGCAAGUGUACUUGAAUGCACUAACAAGAUUGGAUGUUACUUUCCAUUCUUAUACACGUACUGAGAAAGAGUGGAAGCUUGCACAACGCACUGUUGAAGCUGCUUCCAAUGGAUUAUACACUGCAACCAAUGAACUCUGUGUUGCCUCUCUGAAAGCAAAGUCAGCUUCAGGUGAUUUACAAAGCACGGUUCUUUCAAUGAGGGAUUGUGCAUAUGAGGCUAGUGUUGCACUGUCUGCUUUUACUCAGGUUUCAAGGAUCCAUACUGCUUUAACUUCUGAAUGUGGUUCUAUGCUUGAAGAGGUUCUAGCAAUAACUGAAGAUAUACAUGAUGUCAACAAUAUGGGGAAAGAGGCAGCUGCUGUCCACCUUUCUCUUAUGGAAAAUCUUUCAAAGGCGAAUGCCAUCCUUCUUCCACUUGAAUCAGUGUUGUCUAAGGAUGUUGCUGCUAUGACCGAUGCUAUAGCUAGGGAAAGCGAGACCAAGAAGGAAAUAUCACCCAUCCAUGGGCAAGCUAUUUACCAGUCUUACUGUUUAAGAAUCAGGGAGGCUUGUCAUACCUUUAAGCCCUUGGUACCAUCUCUAACAUCAGCUGUGAAGGGACUCUAUUCAUUGUUGACUAGGUUAGCAAGAACUGCUAAUCUCCAUGCUGGCAAUCUGCACAAAGCUCUUGAAGGAAUAGGAGAAAGCCAGGAAGUAAAAUCACAGGAUAUUGUUUUGUCAAGAUCAGAUGCUGAUGGUGGGGAUGCUGUUGAAUUUGAUGGUAAAGAAGGGGAGAGUCUCUCUAGGUCUGAUGAUGAUGAGACUGAAGAUUUUAUUGGCUUUCCUCGACUUUCUUUGGAAGAUAAAGGAUGGAUAUCGCCACCAGAUAGCAUCUGCUAUAGCAGUUCAGGGUCUGACAUUACAUCAGCUGAAAUUAGUCUACCUGAAAGCUUGAACGAUUCAGAAAAUAAAGACCUGCUUUCGCAGGGGUCUAAAAUCUCACCUUUUGAGGUGUCCCCAUCUUUUCCUUUGGAGGAUAAUUUCAAUGACACCAGUUCUGUGAAGUUAACUGAUGAGGCCUCUGAACAUCCCAAGGCUACGACUUUGCCAGGUGAUAAAUCUGUUGCUAUCCCUGCUGACUCCCAGAGUCCAUCAAAUGACAACUCAGACAAAUUUGAUGGUAAAAAUGCUUAUGCCUUGUCAGUAUUGAGGCGGGUUGAGAUGAAAAUUGAUGGUCAAGAUAUUUCUGAAAGCAGGGAAAUUGGUGUUGCAGAACAAGUAGAUUAUCUACUGAAGCAAGCUACUAGUGUAGAUAAUCUUUGCAACAUGUACGAAGGUUGGACCCCAUGGAUUUGAGGUUUCUCAGACUUGAGCAUCUUCUCAUAUUCCCAAUAUUAUGCAAGAAUUGGCUUCAGGCAUUGUUGGGUCGACUAUGGUGAGGAAUAGGUCCUUUGGCCUUGUAUUAUUUCCUUGUGACAGGGAAGCCACCACACGGAUGUUUUUGCAGGUCCCAUUAGUCUGGCCAUAUCUUGAAAUCUGCCAAAUCGAUCACAAUCACUGAUCUAUCCACGGCACUGUAUUCUGUUUAGCUUCUGCCGUCCUUUUGAUUUCGGCAUUUGUCCCGGCAGAGUUAUUAUUUCACACCUUACAUGUGGGCUUGCAUCUGCCAUCCCAUGACAUGUUGCGGAGAAGUCCAAGGCUCACAGCUACUCUCGUGGGAGAUGAAAAAGGAUUACGCGCCUUCUCUUCAUGUCUAAACAAUGUGCAGCUGCUUUGAACACCUGCUACUUGCAUUGCCAUAUUGAUUGAGGAGUAUGUUUUGGAUCCUCAGCUCUUGAAGGCUUAGCAAAAGAAUGUCGUAUGCUAACAAUCGAGCUAAGACUUGGAUAGUUGGAUUAUCCAGUAUGCUGUUUCUAGCUGGAGCAUUAUAUUUAUACAAAAAUGAAGUCCGGCAUCCGUUGCACAUAUCCAUGUAUCAUUCAUCUGUACAUAGGUCAAAGAAUCAACCGCUCAUUGCUGGUUUAUUCGUUAUGUAAUUGGACGUAUUGAAUCAUG